CACACACGUCUACUUCUAGUAACACAUUCAUCUAAUUUCUUUCUUCUCCGCCCAACACAAAAAAACAAUGGUUUUGGUUGACGGCGGCGGCCAUGCUGAAAAAGGUGGCGCAGCUGAGGAAAGUGCGGUGGAUUAUCGUGGCAACCCGGCCGAUGGCUCGCGAACCGGUGGCUGGCUAGCUGCAGGCCUCAUCUUAGGGACUGAGCUUUCUGAGAGGAUAUGUGUAAUGGGAAUAUCGAUGAACUUGGUCACGUACUUGGUCGGAGAUUUGCACCUUCCGUCCUCGAAAUCCGCCAACGUUGUCACCAAUUUCUUGGGCACACUCAAUCUCCUCGGUCUCCUAGGUGGCUUUGUGGCCGAUGCUAAACUCGGACGUUACUUGACCGUUGCAAUUUCUGCUUCUAUUGCUGCUAUUGGGGUGACGUUGUUAACACUUGCUACAUCCAUUCCGAGCAUGAAGCCCCCGCGGUGCGACGACUCGAGGACCAUGAAAAGUCAUUGCAUUGAGGCGAGCGGCGGCCAGCUGGCUCUCCUCUUCAUAGCUCUCAACACAAUUGCUCUGGGUGGUGGUGGAAUCAAGUCCAACGUUUCCGGGUUCGGGUCGGACCAAUUCGACUUGUCGAACCCGAAGGAGCGCAAGGCCAUGAUAUAUUUCUUCAACAGGUUCUAUUUCUGCAUCAGUUUGGGAUCCUUGUUUGCCGUGACGGUUAUGGUGUACGUACAAGACAAUGUGGGGAGGGGGUGGGGGUACGGGAUGUCGGCGGGGACAAUGGCGGUGGCGGUGGCGGUUUUGGUGGCGGGGAUGAGGCGGUACAGGUUCAAGAAGCCGCAGGGAAGCCCUUUGAGUGUGGUGUGGAGGGUUUUGUUUUUGGCAUGGAAGAGAAGGAAUUUAGAGUAUCCUUCCCAUCCUAGCUUGUUACAUGAGUUCCACAAUGCAAAAGUUCAGCACACCCCAAGGUUAAGAUGUCUAGACAAGGCAGCGGUUGUGGAAGAAGAACAAAUUGCAAGGUGCGGCGGCGAGGGGUGGAGGAACAACCCAUGGGUAGUGUCAAGAGUGAGUGAAGUGGAAGAAGUGAAGAUGGUGCUGAAGCUUCUUCCCAUCUGGUCCACAUGCAUCCUCUUCUGGACAGUCUACUCUCAGAUGAACACCUUCACCAUCGAGCAGGCUACCUUCAUGAACCGGAACAUUGGCGCCUUCCAAAUCCCCGCCGCCUCCUUCUCCGUCUUCCUCUUCCUCACCAUCCUACUCGUCACUUCCCUCAACGAGCGGGUCACCGUUCCUGUUGCCAGGCGCUUCACCCGCUCUCCCCAGGGGAUCACCAGCCUUCAGAGAGUCGGAGUCGGGCUUCUCCUCUCCGUGCUCGGGAUGGUGGCUGCUGGGGCGGUGGAGAAGCACCGGAGAGAGAGCGCGGUGAACAACAACGUCAAGAUCAGAGCAUUCUGGCUGAUUCCUCAGUUCUUCAUCGUCGGAGCGGGAGAAGCCUUUGCGUACGUUGGGCAGCUGGAGUUUUUCAUCAGAGAGGCGCCGGAGGGGAUGAAGUCGAUGAGCACCGGUUUGUUUCUCAGCACACUUUCCAUGGGGUUCUUCGUGAGCAGCGUGUUGGUGGUUGUGGUGGGGAAGGCCACGAAAGGCGGGUGGCUAAAGAGCAACCUCAACGUAGCCCGGCUCGAUUACUUUUACUGGAUGCUGGCUGUGUUGGGAGUGGUUAAUUUUUCGGUUUUCGUGGUUUUCGCAACGAAGCACCGGUACAAGGCACAGCUGCAGGGCGAAGAGCUGAUCAUCAAGACUUGUGAUCAGGACAAUGACGAAAAGGGGAGCCCUUAAUUAGUGUUUUAGGGGCAAGAAGAAGUCAUGUUUUUAACCAUAAACUUAAUUGUCCUGAACCUUAGAUUAUAUGGAAUCUCAUCUUCUCUUGCUUCUUACAGACAUGUCAAAAGACUUGAUGUCUCUUUGUUGUGCCUGUGCAUGUCUACUAAAAAUUCUAAAAUAAAAACGUGAUUGAGGAGAAAGCUUGAGUCAGUUGAGGGAGGAUACCAAUUCAAUGUAGGAUAGAACAAAGAUUGUGCAUUUAUACUCUAGCAGUACCUAAUGUAUAUUUUCAAGUAGGUGUGUGUUAAGUUUGGCGGUUCAGUUUUCAUCCAAAACCAAAAACAAAAUGAAAGUUAAGUUGACGG